GACAUAAGUGAAGUUAUGGAGGACACCAAACUCACUUUAUCUGAGAAGGUUGAAUUUACGUUAGUACAGAAUGAAGCAGCUGAAGGGGGAAAACAUGCUGUUAGAAUAAGAAGGCUGAAUGAAAGUGUCUUCACAUCUGCACCAAAAUUAGAGGCCUUUGGAGUAAAAGAGAAGAAGAAAAUGACUAUCAAAUUGCUGAAGGAUCCCAAAGACCAAAUCAAGGAGGAGGUCAAAACAGAGGCCAAAGUCAGUGAAUCAGUGGAUGUAGACAAGGGAAAAGACAAGCCCUUACCAUAUAAGUCAUCUGCAAAAGAUCUGAAGAAAGAAAGUGACAGUAAACAAGAAAGCACUAAAGGUGAUAAAGUACGGAGCAGAAGCAGGGAAAACAGUCGGCGUCGGUAUAGUCGAAGCAGAAGCAGGGAAAGUGGUCGACGCAGAUACAGUCGCAGCAGGAGCAGAAGCCGAGACAGAAGUAGGAGCUACUACAGAAGACGCAGAAGUACCAGCCGUGAGAGGAGGGACAACCGGUACAGAUUCAAACGCAGCCGCAGUCGGAGCAAAGAGCAUGUAGAGAGAUCCCGACGGAGUCACAGCAGAGAAAGGAGCAGUCAGAGUACUAGGAAGAGAAGCCGCAGCCCUGCUGACAAAUAUGAUCACUAUGCAAAACAAAGCGGCAAUAAAGAUUUAAGUGACAAGAAGAAAGUUAAAAGCCCUGACGAUGUAGAGGAAGAACUAUUGAGAAAAAGGAGAGAGCUAAUGGAACUCAAUGAGCUGAUUGCACGUAAAAAAGCUAUUGUCGCUAUGGAACAAAAUGCUAAGAAAAUUGAACCUGAGGAUGGAAAAAGUGGAGUUACAACAUUUGAUUAUGAGCAUGUGCAUCGCGAGAACAUUUGGAUGCCUGACCUAAAACCAGUGAAGUCCAUCUUGAAGAAACAGUCUGAACCUCACAUUGACCCUAAAUCUCAGGCAUCUGCAAGCAAGGAAGUUGCUGCUCCUUUUGUAAAAAGUGAAAGUCAAGAGAUGCAGAUAGGAUACCACCAACAGGCUUUUGGCUCACCUGGCUACUCAACAUUUGAAAGUAUUGCUGAGAGGACUUUAACAACUUCAGGGUCUGACAAGACAACUGUAACUCUGAGUCAAGAUCUAGAAUUGGUGAGACAAAAGAAGCAAUUAGAAGAUCUCAGUGAGUCUGUAGCACGCAAAAAAGCACUAAUCGCCUUGGAACAGAAGGUCAAAGUUGUUCAGGAAAUGCCUGAAAUGGAAGCGGAACACAAGUUUGACUCACACACAGAAGACCAGUUUGUAAUGACUAAAGGGAACUUAUGGAGCUCUGUAAUAAAACCUGAUAUUCAACCUAAAAAGUCAAUUUUGAAGAAACGCUCAGAGAUUCUAACAUCUCAGAGUGACAAAACCUCAGUUGAUGAAUAUGGUCAGCUAAGUCAGGAUGGUGAUUCUUUUACAAAACCACCUUCCCAGAAGACAGCAGCUUUGCCAUUUAAUAGGUCCUCAAAUCCACAAUCAGUUCAGACCAGUAUGUUGGGAUUGUUCAGCCAGAUCAAGAAUGAGUCUUCAGCAGAUUCACAGAGGAUUGAAACACCCUCUUUUAACAAGCCAGUUAUCUCACAGUCACACUCUCAGGUCUCCAGUUUAAGGUCUUUGCAUGAGCAGAAAUCUUCCAGUAUGUCUAAAGGUAGCAAUUCUCAGGAUGACCAACACAGGGCAUCAUCUCACCUGCCUCAUCCUCCUAGCAGUAUCCCUUCAACCAGUCAGACUUCACCAUCAGAUCAAAAGCGGAAUCUUACAACUCAAAUGGAGCGCUUCCUUAGUGCUCUCAACAAGGCUGACACCAGCAUUGUUAACUCUUUGUUUCAAGAGGCUAGAAAGGAUCUGACUUUAAUAAACACCCAGAAACCAACUCAACCACAAUUAGAUAGAAACAUACCCUUCAUGGAUGAGAUAUACGAUCCUUUUAAGGAAGAUGAAGACAAUGGCCAGCCUUCCUUAAUAGGUAAACAAUCUGGCCAGCAACGAUUGAAAACUGAAACCCGUUUGAAUGAUCCUGGUAAAGAUGACCUUUUGCCUCAUGAAAGAGCUGUUCAGGAUGGUAGUGGCUUUUCUCAGCUUGUUGGAAUGAAGUAUGGUGUAGACCCUACUGCGAAAGCCGAGAAGAAGAGUCUAUAUGGGCAUCCAAUGGUGUCAGAAAGCUGGAAGCAGAAUGCCUAUAAAGAGAAUCUAAAUCAGUUCUCUGAGCAGUGGAAUCCGUAUGAACAGGAUACUGAUAUGUAUGCAACAGAACACAAACAUUACACCAAUGAACACAGUCUGUAUAGGGAGCGUAGUCAAUCUUUUGAGUGCCAGAAAGUCAAUCCAAGUGUUCAGCACUCUUACGUAGUGGACAGAGAGAUUCCUGAUAGUAGGUUUGACAAAAGCUUAGCUCGUCAGGAGUCUGAGGAAAGCACUGAAGAUAAAAACAGUAAGACAGAGAACUUUGAAAAAAUUCAGUCUCUUCUGCAAACAAUAGGACUUCAUCUAGACACUGCAGAGGUUAGCAAAUUAGCCGACAGGACGCAAGAGCGGUUGUAUGGUAAGACAAAAAAAAACCAAAGUGUGCCCGCUCACUCCUUUGAACAAAAAAGGGAGCGAUCAAUGAGCCAAACUGACCAGAGGGGUAGUUGUAGUAGGGCAGAUUCCUCAGACUCUGAAGACUAUCGAUCAGUUUCCCCAGCUCAGUCCUCAAAUCGUAAGGUUUACAUGAGUUAUAAAGACACUGUAAAAUACAAAGACCAGCACAAAGCAGAAGAUGUAGACCUAAGUAGCAUUAAGAGAAUCGUAGUGAAUUUGAAACCUGCAACCAACGAACAAGAUCCUUACGAACCUGAGCCGGCUGCAGUUUCUCAAGCUUCGUAUGAACCAAUGACCAUUGUAACCACAGUUCAGCCUGCCACUUCCCAGUAUGCCCAAAAUUCCACCGUUUCCACCUUUUCAGCUUCACAAUAUUCGCAAUAUCAAGGUAGUGAUCAACAUGUUUGGGGAUCUGUGGGAUCUGUGGCCCCUGGUCUGUACCCUUAUGGUACUGUACCUCCAUCCUCUUAUGCUAUGGGUCACCAAGCAAUGGCGCCACAUAUGAUGACUUCGUAUAGUUCAUACACUGCACAAAUGGCCAAUCCAUAUUGUGUACCUCCUCUACUUCCCAUGCCACAUUCAUAUGGUCCUCCACCUAUUCCCAGUCCUCUCCACCUCUCCACCAUGACCUCGGCCUACUCUACCCCAGCGGCUAGUCAAAUUUCAACUGAAUCUAUACAAACAAAGCCUGUAAGAUGCCUUAAAACAAUAGAAACAGUCAAAAUGGUUCCGAAAGGUAAAGCGGGGCCUGUCAGCGCACUUGUUUCCAUACAACCUAUAGAGGACAGUAAUGAAAAACAAACAUCGGAGGAAGCCAAGAACAUACAGUUUGCUACCAUAAAAGAUGAUGACAUCAAGGCUAAGCAGAAGAAACGGCUUGAACAGUUUAACCAGAGAAUGAAGCUGAAGAAAGAGCAACAAAUGGAAGCCCAGCGUUCACGUGGACAAAAUCGGAAUUCAGCUCAAGGUAAAAGUACCCCCAAUGAGAUAAAGAAUGUGUGGAUAUGUGGCCACUCUCUUGUGUUUUGGGCUGAGAAGAGGGCUACUUCCCCUGAGUAUGGAGUGCAGCUGGGCAUGCACCCAGAUUCAAUACGCAUCUGGUGGAAGGGCGUGCAGGGCAUGGCGUGGCAACAGCUUGUUCCUUUGCUGCUCCAGCUCAAAGACAACUGGCCCAAGCCUGAUGUGCUUAUAUUCCACUUGGGUGGAAAUGACAUAAGCACAACUGAUCCAGAGGACUUUAUUGAGACUGUGAAGAAAGACCUGACCUCGCUGAAGAGCAUAUUCCCCGGAUGCCUGCUGGUGUGGUCCAGCAUCCUUUCACGGCAGACCUGGAGGGGUACAGAAGACAGCAAAGAGAUGGACGUUAUCCGGAUGGCCAUUAAUGAGAGCAUAUGUGGAAUUAUGAGACAACUUUGUGGCUCUGCUUUGAGCCACGAAAACAUAAGGCCAAGUUUUGGACUCUACAGACCAGAUGGGGUUCAUCUAUCGGGGAAGGGUAUUGAUACCUUCAAUCUGAACCUGCAGGCUUUUCUGGAGAAAUGGGAGAAUGAGACUAACAAGACGGAGCCAUCGGUUUGAGACGAGGGAAAGUCAUUUGUUUUGUUUAGCAGCUUGUACAGUGCCAUUUCCUUCUUGUAUAUAUCCUUUGUUGCUGUUGUUUUGUUACUUCAAACUUGAUUGUUAUACAACCCAUGUAGAACGCAAAGCCGCUUUGUUUUCUAUACAAAAAGUAUUUUGCAAGAGUGUUCGAUUUUAGUUUUUACUUGUUCUGUUUUAUACAUUCAGUUUACAAAUAAAAUCAACAUUUAAAAUA